CGACAUCGACGACGUCGUGCGAUGGUAACACAACGAAAAACCGGCGGUCAGGCUGAAGAUAUAUAUGCUGCCGUUACCGAGCCCGGCGUCCAGUUUGAGUGUGACGCUUGUGCUUGCGACCUCACCCAUACCAUUCGCAUAAAGUGCGCUGAUCCAGUGUGCCAGUCGACCGAUGGUGGGGUCGACAUCUGUCCCCCGUGCUUUUGCCAGGGCAAGGAGUUUGGGAAUCAUCUUCGCGGUCAUGCUUAUCGCGUUAUUGAAUUUAACUCGUACCCCAUAUUCUCAGAGGACUGGGGCGCAGACGAAGAAUUACUGCUGCUCAAAGGCAUCCAAAGCCAGGGUCUCGGAAACUGGAAGAAGAUCGCCGAACAUGUUGGAACGCAGUCUAAGGAGGAAGUGGAAAAGCACUACAAUAGUGUCUAUGUCGACUCGCCGAAUUGGCCUAUGCCACUAAUGGACCGCAAAUUUGAGAUUGCACCUGAAGAGUUCCAGGAGAGGAAACGACGGCGAAUAUCAGAGUUGAACGAAAUGCCUAUCCCACCUGCAAAGCCAGCUCCGACCUCAGCCCCAGCGGUCCAUGAAAUCGCGACUUUUCUUCCUGGACGUUUGGAGUUUGAACACGAAUUCGACAACGAAGCUGAAGAACUCGUCAAGGACAUCGAGUUUGGUGUCGUGCUGCAGUACGGAGGAGACCAGAUUCCUGAAGACGAAAACGAUCUGGAUGUAAAAGCACGAAUAAAAUGGGAGGAAGACCGAAGGAAUGGCCUGGUUGGACAGACGAUCUUCAUGCCGGAGCGCAAGGCGGCAGCACCAAAUGGCAAGGGCCCUGCACCACAUACGAAUGGUAUCAACACCAACGGCGAUUCAAAGGCAGCAGCAGAAGAUGUAGUGAUGGGCAACGGUACUGCCAACACCGAUGACGACGACGAGCCAACCGUCCUCCCCCCGAUUGAAACUGAUGACUCGCUCAAAUUCAAGCUUACUCUCUUGGAAACUUAUUUCCAGAGGUUGGAAAAACGAUGGGAGCAUAAGGUCUUCAUGUUCGAUCGCGGACUGCUUGAAUACAAGAAGAUCCAAGCCGCGGAAAAGAAACGUGUCAAGGAAGACAAGGACAUUCUCCAUCGCUUGAGACCGUUUGCGCGCUUGCAAACAGGUGAUGACUACGAGGCGUUCUCGAACGAUAUUCUCUAUGAACACAUCCUGCGCAAAAAGAUUCAAGACCUACAGCAACAUCGACGAUUGGGGCUAUCUACGUCUGGAGACAUAGAGAAGUACAUCGCCGAUUUAGGCAAGAGGACUCAGACCAAAGCUACUUCCUAUUACGACAAGAACAGGAGGCAAUCCUCAGUGGCAGAUCGUGGAAGCAUCGACGAUGAAAUGGAAGCAGCACCCAAACCUGAAGCUCUGAUUAAUGCUCGUAAACGAGCUCCAUUGAAUCUUGCCAAUAGUCCUUCCCUCCAUCUACUCACUCCUGCGGAACAAGCACUCUGCUCAACAUUGCGUAUUCUUCCCAAACCCUAUCUUGUGGUUAAGGAAACUCUUGUGCGAGAAUACGCUAGGCGAGGCGGAAAACUACGGAGAAGAGAAGCCCGUGAUCUGGUCAAAAUCGACGUGAACAAGACAAGCCGUGUCUGGGAUUUCUUGGUGCAGGCUGGGUUCCUCCAAAUCAAUGCCGAAGCGAAUGUUGCCAACUCGCAAGCCCAUUCCGCAUCGAGCGUUCCGCCUUCUGUCGCCUCCUCGCAAGAUAAUAGCGUUGUACCAAGCACCACUCCUUCACAAACGACUCUUAAUGGCUCAACGGCUUCUCCUGUCAUAUCAUCCCUCGGUGCCCCAGGCAGCGUACGACCGUCACCAAUACCGCAUUCUUCCUCGCUUCCUCCAGCAGGCUGA